AUAAGGGCUCAGCACUUUCUCCGCUUCUUUUGCAGAAGGCAUGUUUGCCUGGACACCUGUCCUCAACCACUCCGGCCCCACCGACUUCGUGUUCCGCGUGUUCACCACAGUCCCCGAAUUCCAGGCCCUUCUCUUCCUCCUCUUCCUCCUCCUCUAUUUGCUGAUCCUUUGUGGCAACACAGCCAUCAUCUGCGUGGUGUGCACACACACCUCCCUCCGCACCCCCAUGUACUUCUUCCUGUCCAAUCUCUCUUUCCUGGAGAUCUGCUACACCACCGUCGUGGUGCCCUUGAUGCUUUCCAACAUUCUGGGAGCCCAGAAGCCCAUUCCGCUGGCCGGAUGUGGGGCCCAAAUGUUCUUCUUUGUUACCCUUGGCAGCACAGACUGUUUUCUCUUGGCAGUCAUGGCCUAUGACCGCUAUGUGGCCGUCUGCCACCCGCUGCACUACACCCUCAUCAUGACCCAGAAGCUGUGUGUGCAGAUGGUGGUCGGCGCCCUGGGCCUGGCGCUCUCCCUCUCCCUGCAGCUCACCGCCUUGAUCUUCACGCUGCCCUUCUGCGGGCACCGCCGAGAAAUCAACCACUUCCUCUGCGACGUGCCUCCGGUCCUGCGCCUGGCCUGUGCUGACAUCCGCGUGCACCAGGCCGUCCUCUACGUCGUGGGCAUCCUCGUGCUGACUGUCCCCUUCCUGCUUAUCUGUGUCUCCUACGUGUUCAUCACCUUGGCCAUCCUGCGCAUCCGCUCGGCCGAGGGCCGCCACCGGGCCUUCUCCACCUGCUCCUCGCACCUCACGGUGGUCUUGCUGCAGUACGGCUGCUGCAGCCUGGUCUACCUGCGCCCCCAAUCCAGCACCUCCGAGGAUGAGGACCGCCAAAUCGCCUUGGUCUACACUUUCGUCACCCCCUUACUGAACCCCUUGAUUUACACCCUUAGGAACAAGGACGUCAAAGGUGCUCUCAGGAAUGCCAUCAUCAGUAAAGCAGCCUCUGGCGUCGAUUGAAGCCUUAGGGAAACUGGGGCGUCC